AUGACGGUGGUUCACAUUGUUCUCUUCAAAUUCCGCUCGGAUGUCUCAGACGAACACAAGGAGACUUUCGUCCGCGAGCUUAAGACACUAAAGUCUCUGUCAUGCGUCAAGGACCACCGCUUGAUCGUAGGCGGACCUUCCGUCACGGAUCCCAUCGAGAGAAGUAAGGGGUAUCAUUUCGCUCUGCUGAGCUUUCAUCAAGACCGCAAAGCGCUUGAGGAAUAUCAAGCAAGUGCGGAGCACCACAGGGUUACCAGCAACUACCUCUGGCCGUUCAAAGAGGACGUCACAAGGUUUGAUUUCGAGGUUGCAGAGGAGGACGAGUACAUGUGCCAGUUUGUCGCAAAGGGACUAGCAAAUGGAUCUGCCUAG